GUAAGGCAAAGUAUAUGGAUUCAGCUGCAGGCAUACUACCGGGAAAUAUUGAGCGUGUAGCAUCCCUGCAGUCCUCCCUGCAAACAUGAAAGUUUCUCGCCUCUUUCCGCUGCUGGUCUGCAUCUGGCUACACCUAACAGCGUCGGGAGCUGAAUAUUGUGGACCUACACCUGAAGACGCACAGAUGCUGGCCGUGCUGAAGGCAGCUGCGGACAUGUUGGUCGGGUGUGUCGAAAACCUUUACCAGCACCCAGUUCCUAGUGCUCUACUACAUGAGGGAGUCCAGCUAUUGUGCAAGAACUACGAGAUGUGCCAUGAGAAGGGUACUACAAGGAGCCAGUGCUACGUUGACCUAAUCACAGAAUUCUUGGGCAGCGUGCCGAACUUCCCGCACAAUCCGGCUGAAACCUCAUUCAAAGUGGUGGGAUGUAUGAUGUCGGCGAAGGCCUUACCCCGGGACAAGGCAAAGUUCUUCGCUACACUUCAUUGGCUCCUGCUCUUGCUCAAGUAGUGUCGUUGUGGCACGGAAC